GCGGCGGCCUGAGGCGGACCGGGCCCGGCGCGGCGAUAUUAAAGCAGCGGAAAGAAGAAAUAUGAAUAAGGCUUCAUCAAGGUCCAGUCCGGCACGAAGGUUGUAAGAGACUUGUGAGGAAGAAUACACUUCAUGUUUGCUCCUGCCUCAAGUAUCAGAGAAGCCAAGACAUAUCUAGAGAAUGCCGAGGGGCUGUAGCAUUCCCAGUGUCAUGCUGCAGAGGACUUCAGGAUCUUGACUCUUCUGAUGUCGAAAGCUUCCAGUGCUGAAAUGAGACUGGAAAAGAACAUGCAAGCGAAGCAUGAGACAAAGCAAACAUCUCUAUUGCACUGUCCUGUCUGCAUGUGUGCUUGUGUUGUCAGUACCUGGAACCAGUGCCCUUCUGCACAGUUAGAGUGUACCUGCCAGCUUCUCCUGGUUUCCCACCCCUCGGUAGGCAUGCUGUGUGCAGCUCCUGCACAUCCUCUGUGUGUGAAGUCAAGGCAAGUGGAGAAGACACGGACUGUCUUGUCACAGGAAGAUAACUUCGGUUUCCUUUCCAUGGCAUUACUAGGGAGCGCACAAAGACGUGCCAUGGUUACACUCUGGUAUAAGGCGUGCAUCUUCUGUGUCUAUACUGUAAAGCUUUCCACACAAAGGAGUGUUGUGUGUCGGACUUGAAGGUAAUCAAGCUCCCACGUGUGGUGUGCUCUACUAACUUCACCUGUUAAAUUAUAAAAAAUGGGAGAAAAGUGCAACUAGCAAGACAUCUACCACCAAAAAUCAGAGAAUGAGUAGCUGCAAUCCUUGAUAUCGUCUCAAUCUUUUGUAUGUUGUGCACUUACCCUGUUGUGCACAGGGCCAAAUACACUUGCAGAGACCAGCACGUGGGCAUUGCCAGGAAGUGCUUCGGGCACACAGCUGGGGGUUCCCGUUACAGAUGUGGCAAGCCUUGGACCCGGGCAGUGUCAGGUGUGCUUGGUGCCGGCACGAGGAGCCCAAGAAUACUGCAAGUACAUGAGCAGCAGGCACUGAUGGCACAUCUUUGGCCUCGGUGGCACUGCAGGUGCGUAAUGCUGAAGGUGCCAGACAACACUCAAUAUGAGAGGCCGGCACCUAUGCCAUGAGUGUUGGUCCUUGGACCACAUUGCAGAGGGGCAAGCAGCAGGCACUGAUGCCGUGGGCAUUGGGACCUGUGUCAUCCUGCAUCUGUGCAAGAGCAGCUGCCCAUGUCUUGGGCCCUAAGGAGCACUGGAGGUGUGAGAGCCGUGGGCAGUGGUGCCAUGGGCACCGGGCUGUAGAGCGGACUCCCACCAUGGCUGCCAAAGGCUUUGAUGACACUGUGACAGGCACUGGAUUCCAGCGGGCACUGCAGACACCAUGGCCAUCCUGUGUCACUAGCACCAGGUCCCAAGUAGCACCAUGGGCACGGAUGGCAAUGAGAUCAUGGCUGCAGAUGCACAGAUGGCGGAUGAUGGACUCUGGACUGUGCUGCAGGCGUGUGAACAAUGGCUGCUGAUGCUGGGGUGCGCAGUCCCGCUGUGCUAGAGGCGGCAGUGCUGGGACAGCGGUGCAGAGUCCUGAGCAGAUGCGGGCAAUGGUGCUGAUGCUGUGGGAGUUGGACAGUGGUGACAGGCGCGGAAGCAGAAGACUGCUGCGCCUUCGUGCUGCUGCCUCUCUGCAAGCAGCAGGGCAGCGAUGCAGAGGCAAGAGCAGAGGAGACCCGCGCCACGUCGGUACUUCUGUCGCAGUUGUGCGUUGUUCAUUCUGGAUCUUUUUGUCUCUACAGAUAAUGAACGUGGCCUGUUCUGGUCACCCCCGCUCCAGCUGGAAUAAAUGUCAUAUGCCAAACAAUUACCCUGCAUCUGGCUGUUUUGCUAUAUAGUCUUACAGCUACAGAAAGAUCAGUUACUCAAUAUCAAUUAGAGCAAAUCAGAAGUUUCCCCUGAGCUUCUGCCAUUGUUCAUUGUAGGUUGGGGGGAAGGGGGCGAUGACGUGUAUCUCUCAUGGGAUGUGGUUUCAAUACAGAUCAUGAACAAAAAAGUGGAUUUGUGUGUCCAAGAGGCUGAAGGAGUUUACACUUGUUUGUGUGCAAGUACAGUGUUUCUUUUCCAGAAGGAGCCUAUGUAUGCUCUUGGUGGCAACGCACUGUUUUGCCUCAAGAUCUGUUUUGUAUCUGACAUUAAAAAAAAAAAAAAAAAAGAGAAUGGCAGUGCUGCUGUGUAUCCCCCAGCGCAGCUGGGUGUCUAACCACCGCAGUCCAUGCACAGAUGCUGCACAUCCAUCUCCUUACUGUCUGCUCUACCUGACAUUGAACUCACUGCUCCUGUGGUUCUCUCCAGGUGACUAGUAUGUGAAUGCACUGUAGUGGAACCAGAUUUAUGUUCUGCUUAUCUUUCAUAAACUAGAUGAGGCUGGUAGAGAACUCUCAAAGUCUGUCAAGUUUUGGAAAUAAAAAGAUUCAAAAAGCUGGGUUUUUUUCCAAUGGUUGUCAGUAUCUUGGAAAAACAGCAUUCAAAUACAUGAAGCUCAGUCAUUUCUCUGCAAGAUUUUUUUAUGUUUGGCUUAGACUACAGUGAAAGUUUUGGUUUUUUUCUGGAAAACAAAAUAUGACCUGGAAAAACACUACUGUUUUGGGAAAAGAUGAAGACCGGAACGUUAUUCUUUCUUGCCUCUGAAGAUGGUGCAGUGCAAAGUCUGAAUGAGAUGGAUCAUUCAGAUGUGACAGAGAAGCCUGUUGCUGCUGGGGAUGCCAUGCUGGUUGGGUUUAGUACCCUCUUAACAUGUGGCAUCGUAAACAUAAGACUGGCUUUCUACGGAAACUAUCCCUUCAAAUCCUGGACACAGCGGUAGCUAUCAUUGCUUUCUGCUAGCAGCACAAACCCAACCACAACACAGAACCUACAGUGUCUUUGCUCACAACAAGCUCCUUUUUUAAUCACAUGCCAAUAACAAGUUAUUUCAGAGAGCAAUAUGCCUACGGGGAUGGCCGAGAUGCCAGACGUGACCGCUCCCCUCUUCGGGGGAGCCCACGGAGAGACCCCAGAGAUGGCAGGGAUGGUAGAAAUGGGCGAGAUUCCAGAGACACUCGAGACAUCCGAGCUAGAGACAUGCGGGACGCCAGAGACCACAGGGACCCACGAGACCUGCGAGACCCACGGGAUGUCAGGGAUCCAAGAGACUUGCGGGACCCUCGUGAUGUUAGAGAUCUUCGUGACCCACGGGAGCCACUGUAUGAUCGAUACAGAGAUCCACGGGAUAUGAGGAAUCCACGAGAUGUGAGGGAUCCACGGGACAUGAGAGAUCCACGGGACAUGAGAGACCCUCGGGACCCUUUAUACAGACGAGAUGAAGCUUAUGACCGUUACCUUCGCCUUGAAGACUACUAUCGGCGGAAGGAUGACUCUUAUUAUGACCGUUACAAAGAGCAUUUUGAUAGAGCACCAGUGAAUUCAGAUGACCGUCUGAAGCGUGAGGAGCGGCGCCGAGAGGAGCUGUACCGUCAGUACUACGAGGAAAUCAAGAGACGUUUUGAUGCAGAGAGACCUGUGGAUUGUUCUGUGAUAGUGGUGAAUAAACAGACGAAGGAGUACGCGGAGUCAGUGGGGCGGAAGGUGCGGGAUCUGGGCAUGGUAGUGGACCUGAUCUUCCUCAACACAGAGAUGUCACUGACGCAAGCCCUGGACGAUGUGAGCAGAGGAGGCUCUCCUUUUGCCAUUGUCAUCACCCAGCAGCAUCAAGUUCACCGCUCUUGCACUGUUAACAUCAUGUUUGGCACCCCACAAGAACACCGCAACAUGCCCCAAGCUGAUGCCAUGGUGCUGGUGGCAAGGAAUUACGAACGCUACAAAACAGAGUCACGGGAGAAGGAGCGUGAGGAAAUCGCCCGGCAGGCUGCCAAGAUGGCAGAUGAAGCUGUUCUGCAGGAGCGGGAGCGCCCACCCCCCAUGGAGGAGGGUGUCAGAGGAGGUCACCCUCCAGGGAUUCAGACUCUCUUGAACCUGCUGGCAGACAAUCGCUAUCUAACUGCUGAGGAGACUGAUAAAGUAAUUAAUUACUUGAGAGACCGGAAGGAACGGUUACUGAGGGGAAGCACUGAUUCUCUGCAAGCAUCCAUGUCAAGACAGUCUUUGGGGGCACCUUCAGGAUCAUCUCUGGGUAGUCAGUCCAGCCUUCCAAGCUCUCAGGCUCAUCAAGGUUCACAGCCUCUGGUCUCUGCUCCUUCUGUUCCAGUGUCCUCUUCUAAUCCUCAGCAGGAGCUUCAAGCAAAAAUCCUCAGUCUCUUCAACAGCGGGGCGGCAGCGGCAGCAGCUGCUGUAGCGAACAGCAGUUCUGCAGCCUCUGCGGGCACUUCGGGUGGCACUCCAAACCAGAACUUUGCUAACAUGGCCAGCGGUCAAGCCCGGUCAGCACAGAUGGGUGCUGGAAAUUUAAACCAGGCUCAGCAGAGAUUGCAGACUCCAAGCACGCAGCUUCCUGCUCUCCAAGGCCCUUCAAGAAAUGCAGGUCCAAGACCUGGAGCUCCUCCACAAGCUCAGUCGCUCUAUGGUCAGCACCAAAAUCGCCUCCCUGCACCUGGCAACGUACCUGCUCAAAGGCCAGUAUCUUCUGGUAUCAACUUUGACAACCCUAGUGUACAGAAAGCCUUGGACACCCUUAUCCAGAGCGGUCCUGCACUCUCCCACCUAGUGAGCCAAACCGUGGCCCAGGGGCGAGCAGGGUCCUCAGCCCAGCAACCUAUGGGUUCCUACCAGCGACACUAUUAAAGCUGAGCUGUCAGGCCCUUUCCCCUUCCCUUUGCCAUUCCAUACUUCCAGCUGUUUAAAGAGUCUCCUGUCCUUGACACGGGAUGGAUGCCCCUGGAUAUGCAUGUCCUCUCCACUUUGGCGAGAGUGUACCCCCAGUGGCAUUGCUGCUGACUGUUGCUAGCGCUGCCCUUCCUCACCUUGGUCUGGUUAGCAGUGUUUGGAGAAGUAUGCUCUAUUUUCUCAGUGGCACAAUGUGCUAAGAGCAGCUUUGGAUAAUUGGUUGUUUUGUCCGGUCCCAGAAGCUGCUGCAAUGAUGGUCCUCCUGCAUUUUCCUCACUUCCAGUAGCUGGUGCAUCUUCACAUUGCGAUGCAGUCUGGUCUCGCUAAAUGGCCUUAGUAUAGUUUUGGGUCAGUGGUUUUGAGGAAGUAGGGGGACUGAACAGAGCAGUACACUGGCUGGGCCUUUUUGGAGACCCACCUUUUUGGAAUGGGCACUAUUUUUCUUUGGAUAUCUUUUUUUAUUUCUUUUUUUAAUGGCAUAUAAGCCAGUUGGAAAGUAUGGUGGUAGAGCUAGCAGCUGAACUCAUGAAGCACACGCCUGAGUACUAUUCAGUAACCCGGGACUGUGCCGUUUGGUCCUUCCGUAGCUGGACAGUCAUCCUGGCAGAGUGAGGCAGAGAAAUGCUCCUCACCUCACCCAGCUCACGGAAACUGGCAGCUUUGGUCUGAAUACCAUGGCAGAUCUGAAAUGCAAGAGCUUCCAGCCAAAGCAGAGAUUUCAAAUGGUCUGUCAAUUUUUCUACACCGUGUAGUCAGUGUUAAGAUCAAUCUGUUAAAUUUGGUGUAUAAAUUUCCUUUUCCUACAAUUUUGCUGUGGGAUGGUUGGUUACGGUAGCCCAACAGCUCAGCCGCAGCCCGGGUGAUGUGCUGCUGGCCCUCCCUUGGGAAUUCCUGCAGCCAGUUACCAGGUGGUGAAUGUCUGCUCUCUGAAACUUCAUCUCACUGCUUGACGGGUGUUUUGUCCAUCUAAGGUGGAGAGGCAGUGCCAAGAUGCAAUAUCAUAAUUUUAUACAUUUUUUUCAACACUUCAGUAGCUGCAGCGGACAGUUGAGUGGAAAAUCAGGCAGUGAUUCUUCACCAUGUUUUUAACCAGUAACAUACUUUGAUACCAGAACACAAAGCGUCUCUUAACUAUGUGGUCCUCCCCAUCACGGCCUUCUUAGAGUCUGUAGGCUUCCUGCAGAGAACCGAAAGAAACUAAGAAAGCGGUGUUCUUGAAGCAGAGGAUUUUUCUUUGUCCCAGGUGGUUUGUGUUGUAGCAUUUUUUUUCUCUCUGUGCUGUUAACAAGAGGACAUUACUUUUUAAUAAAAAGACAGGAAAAA